CGGGCAGGAGAGCGAGCGAGAACGGCGAUCAGGUUUAUCUCUCCGUCUCUCUCUCUCUCUCUCGGGGCGUUUUUCCCGAGAGCACUGCGGGCGGCCCGCACUGCAGACACGCGGCGCAGUUGAGCCGAGGCUUCCGCAGCGCGAGGACCGAUCGUAAACGCAUCGCCUGCAGUGUGUGAAUAUAUAUAUAUAUAUAUAAAACAGAGAGUGAGAGAGAGAGAGAUAGCGAGAGAUCGAGACUGUACAGUGGACACACACGUACUUAUAUACACAAACGCUCUCACCUCUCCCGGGUUGCUCGACCUGCAUCCGGUCGUUCGCUCUUCUCUCGCGCACAUAUCCGCGCAGAUCCUAACCUCGAAUCGCGCGGACAGAGAGAAAGAGAGAAAAGGACGCACAGAUCGCGAGUGUACCAAGAGGACACGUAGAGAGGAUCGUGCUUCGCACACAUACACACAAGCUCUCGGAUCGAGAAGUAGCAGUCGUGCGCGAGUCAGUCCUCAUGCAGUUUCACGCGCGGACGAUCGGUAAUCGAGGUUAGGAAGUCAGCGAAGAAUUCCUCGUCGGCCUCUCGCACUCUGCUCAGAGGAGCGAGCAGUCCCUGCAUCACAGCUGUAUACACACGAGUCCUAGUGCUGCUGGUGGAGAGGAGUCGCGAGGGACAAGAGUAUAAAGUUCAAAAGCCAGGAGAUCAACGCAAACCUUCGCAAUGUGCGAUAACACCAACUCGACGACGCAGAGCAUAGCGGACUACCUGUCGCAGCUGCUGAAAGACAGGAAGCAGCUCGCGGCCUUCCCCAACGUCUUCAUACACGUCGAGCGUCUCCUCGAUGAAGAAAUCGCCAAAGUCAGAGCGAGCCUCUUCCAAAUCAGCGGCGUGAAAAAGGACCCGCUCAUCCUUCCAGAAGCCGAGGGAGAAGUCACGACACUCACAGAAAAAGUCUACGUACCUGUCAAAGAGCACCCAGACUUCAACUUCGUGGGAAGGAUUUUGGGACCCCGUGGAAUGACGGCGAAACAGCUCGAACAGGAGACCGGCUGCAAAAUCAUGGUCCGAGGCAAGGGCUCGAUGAGGGACAAAAAGAAGGAGGAGCAGAACAGAGGAAAGCCAAACUGGGAGCACCUGACGGACGAGCUCCACGUGCUGCUGACAGUCGAGGACACGGAGAACCGAGCCACCCUCAAGCUCGCCCGAGCUGUCGAGGAAGUGAAGAAGCUCCUCGUGCCCGUGCAAGCCGACGGCGAGGACGAGCUGAAGAAGAGGCAGCUGAUGGAGCUGGCCAUCAUCAACGGAACCUACAGGGACUCCAACACCAAAGUCGCCGCGGCCACAGCCUUCGACAUUGCAGCCUGCGACGAGGAGUGGAGGCGCGUGGCAGCCGCCGCAGCCGAGAGCCAGCGUCUCCUUCCCGGCCUCGGACAGCCCAUGAGGGCCCAGAACGCGCCUCUCGGAGCUCCGCUGAUCCUGUCGCCCAGGAUAUCCGUGCCGACGACCGCCGCCUCGCUGCUCAACGGCUCCGGCCCACCGGGCUCUCUCCUCUCAGCCGGUGACCCCCACGGACUCAUCUACGCGCCGUACGCCGACUACGCCAACUACGCGGCUCUGGCCAGCUCGCCCUUGCUCACCGAGUACGCCACGGCUGACCAUUCUGGUGCGGCGGCCGCUGCGAAGCAGCGCAGGCACUUAGGCCAGAUACGAGAGCACCCUUAUCAGAGGGCUGGCGCUCUCUCGUGAAUGAGCCACCGCGGGGGACACGUGUGAACGCGCCCCGGUAGCUCCUUUUUUUAAAAGGUCUUUACCGGGGGCAAUGCGCGCUGCCCGCGGGAAAGGUUAGUCUCUUAUUCAUUUGCAAUAUCAUUAUUUUUUUAUACAUAUAAUAUUAUUUAUCAUACCCACAUAUACACGUCAUAUGUCUCUGUGUAUUGCCAUGCGAGGCUCGAGGGUUUGCGCGAGAUUCUCGUUGAGGAUACGGAUGCAAGCCCUCGAUCGUCGCGCUAUGAUAAUUAUUAUAUUACUAUAUUGAAUUUAUUAUGACUUUCUCUUUAUUUUUUACACAGAUUAUUUAUUGUACGUUUUCGUCCAUUUGGAUUUUUAUUUCAAUUUUUUUUUUCUAAGUCUGUUGUACAAUUUUCUUCGUGUACACACGAGUUGCGUUUUUGUAUACAUUACCAUACGUACAUAGAUAUUGCCCUCAGACAUUAUUUUUCUCUGUUUAUUUUUUGUCGUUAAGUAUACGCGACGUACGGCAUUCCCGACUCAGGGAAUUCUUUUCGAAAACGUUGUGUUGUAAAAGAAUUUUCGGUCAUAAAACAAAAUAAGUAUCUUACUUUCAAAAGUUUAAAUUUAUCUAAAAAAGGGAGAAUGUCGUGCGUCGAACGUAGUUUUGUGUACCUGACGCCGCAUCGAUCGCAAUGAUUCGGUGAUUUUUAUUAUCGCCGAUUAUUUCGAGAUUUUUAAACGGAGAGAUAUAUGAGAAAUACAUUGUUGAAUUUUUGAUGCGCAAACGGCACUGUUGCCCCUCACUUGAUUUUAGCAAAUUUCCGCGAUUCGUUACAGACACAGUAAAUAAAUCGAUUAAAAAAAAUUAUUUUGUUCAUACUUGUUAGGAUCAGUAAAAUCAUGCGCGUCAUGAUUGGGUGCGCACCUCCCCAUAUUACACGUAUUUGUUAUUUUUAUUUCUUUUUUUUUCACUUUUAUACACAUAUGCGUCAUGUCAUAGAAAAAUUCUUUUACAAUAAGAACGUUCUGAAUACCAGAACCAAGACAAAAUGCCAAGGUGAGUCAGGGGCAGCGUGUUGUCAACGCGCGCGUAUAUCGAUCCCCCAUUAAAGAGAACAUAAUAGAGUAUGUAAAAAAGAAAGAAUAAAGAGAAAACAAAAGUAAGACGGUUAUAUAUACAUGAUAUAUACAAAUUUUAUCACAAGUUAGAGGACGACGCUCAUGGUGACUUUGGUGCUUACGUGUCAGUAUCUAUAUAUAUUUAUUACAUAUGUAUUUCAUUUUUUUUCUCUCUACUUCCAGGACAUUGUAUUUUGCAUUUUUUUUAGAUGAAAAAAAAACCAGUAAAAUAGAAACAAAAGUAAUAAAAUUUUUAUAUAGAUUGUCGUCACACUUGUAGGCUCUCUUUUUAGUUUGUCGUAUAUUAUACAACUACACCUCUCCCCCUCUCGAAAAAGUAUAAAGAGAAAUAUUUUUUUUCUUGGCAACUUGUGCCUGUGGAACACUUAUUUUAUUUUUAUUUAUACAGAUACGUAAAGAAUAUUUAUAUAUAUACGUAAACGUUAUUAUAUUAUACAUAUAUGUUAGAAACAUGGAAAAAUUACGUCGUCGUUGAAUUUCCAUUCAAAUUUAUUUGUAUAUAGAUUGAUUAUGCGCCUACCAGUUAUACACGUAUAAAGAUAUAAAAAAAAGACGAAAAAUAAACUAUUUAUAUGAAAAAAAAGUACAAAAAUCAUUAAGAAACUCUUGUUCAUUUAUUUCUUGACUUCUCGCCUUCGAGAAAAAAAGAGAAAAAAGGAAGCAGGGGUGGCACGCGUCGCGAAGUGAAAUUGAUCUGAUGAUGAUGAAAUUAGCUUCUUUGAGAAACGAAGAAUCGUCGUGUUAUCGAACGCGCCAAAGCUUCUCGCGAUAAAUCUUGCUCGAAAUGCCGUCCAACCUUUUGCAUAUUAAUAAUAUACUUCAUUAAUUAAUUUAUUAAUCAAUUUCACUGAGGAAAGGUUCACGUUUGAUUUUUUUCUUAACAAAAUAAUUUCGUUCUGUAACCAACAUGUUAACACUUGAAUCACUAUCAAAAUUUUAUCAUGUGUAUAGAGAUGUAGAUAUUGUUUAUAGAUUGCACUGUAAUGGAUUAACAAAAGGAUUGCUGGAAAAAGAUAACUUUUAAAAAUUACUCAAAUCGAAUCACGAGUCGCAAAAGUAUACAGAAAUGGAACUGUAAGUGGUAUCGGAAGAAACGAAAUUGUCUUGUAUAGAAAACAAUUGGUACUGGAAUCUCCUCGAGUUUACUAACAAAAAAAAACUGCAAAUUGACAUAACGAAUUAUCUCUUACGGAUUGCAUUAUUACCUCUAUUUACAUAUACAAUACACAAUGCAAUAAUUUGUAUACAAAUAACUUAAAAAAAAACUUCAAUGAUAUCUCUUAUUAAUUAUUCUCGAUUAAUCAUAUUAGACGCAAUUUUCAUCCAUCUUCAUAGAUCCGCACAGCAACAACACCAUUUUUUAAUUUAAUUAUAACUAACAAAAAAUGCUCCACAUGGCCAAGUUGACACUAACUUUGAUUAAUUUUUUUACUCUCACUCGCGGACAGCUUUCGCGCGCAUGCAUUAUAUUUUAUACACAGUUAUAUACACACGAUAGAUAUGUAUCUCUUCAUUCCUAUAAGUUUUCUCAAUCGACUUACGCAUUAACCACGUAAAUGUAUAUAAUGCUCGUGCGCAACUUAUCUCUUUCUAUAUAUUAAUUUUCUCAAAUUUUUGAUAAAAGGAAUUGUAAAAUAAUUUGAUUCGCCACUUUUUCGAUACUUAAUAAUUCAAACUCGUAUAUGUGUAACGAUGCUUCUGACAUGCCUGGAAAAUACUUCUACUUUAUGACGUUUAUAAUUGACAGAUCCAAGUUGAUACAUUACAAAACUAAAAAAAAACGACUUAUGAGCCUCUUUGACACACCCGCUUGCUGGGGCAUUUUAAUGACAUUUAAUAUUAAUCAGUAAAUCGAUACAAUAAUAUCUGUACGUUUAAUUUCUUGAAGAAACGCACAAUCGCUAGGAACAUGAGAUUAUUAAAAAUUAACAAAAUACGUACAGGCACCUGUGAGGUCUUCUGGUGGCUGGUGUGCACCCAAGCUGCGCCGGAAAUUUUAUCCGGAACGCGAAUAAUAAUAAUAACUUGUUUCUCAUAUUUUCUUUCACUUUCGUUAAAUAAUAACAUUAAUACAUGUUUUUUGUUCACUCUCUAUCGUCAAUGUUGAACUUGUACUUAUAUACCGAGAUCGAUGCUUUUUUUGUUCACUCCUUUUACAUAAGUAACAGUUCGAAAUAACGAAUAAUAAUUUUUGUUUGCAAUAAAUUAACGAAAUAUUCAUCGGACUAUACAGCGAAUAUAUUUAAUCCACUAAAUCGUACCAUUAUUUUAAUAUACCAGAUUUACUAAUUAUUUUUCAGCAUAUAGAUCUACACUGUAAUGGUUUGAUCUGCAUUAUUUCUAGAUUAUCAAUAGAACCGGUAGCUUAUAAAAUUUUAUAUUUUUGCGGGGAGGGUACACGAGCCACAUUUGUGUUUCUAAUUUUCAAAUAAUAAACAGUAAAGCAUAAAUAAUAACGUGAACGAAAAAAGUGAGAGUAAUCACAAUAUCUCCUCGUUAACAAAAAUUAAGGCGCAGGUGUUUUUAAUUUGUUAAUAUAUAUAUAAAUAAUAUUUUUUCAUCAUUAUUACUAUAUAUUUACGAACUUUCACUAGUCAAUAACAAUAUCGUUUUACGUAUGUGAUGAUUCAAACGCUUCAGACUAAUCAUUGUUAUACUUACAUUCAACAUUUCUCUCGAUGAAAAAAGAAAAGUUAUAAGUUAGUGCAAAGCGACGCCCAAUACGUAAAGCAGAAUCAUUAAUAAUAAUCUAUAACAAAUGUAACAUCGUGUAGAUCGAGAACUAACAUUGAAUCGUUUAUUGUACAAAAAAUUUUAAUUAUCUGUAAUUAAUGGCAUAGUGUGCUUCUUUAGAUAAAAAUCUAGACUUAUAACUUGAACAAUUUUUUAAUACAAUGUUUAACGAAAUCUAGAGCAUCGCUUUGCACUGUGUAACAAAUAUUUAAGAUACAUCAAGUACGAAUUCUCAUUGCUCUCACGAUCGAUGUACGAAUUAAUAACUAAUGCUUAUCACAUUCAUAAUAGAUUUUUCUCUUGAAAUUUGAAAAUUUUCAACAAACUUAAGUAGACGUGAACAAGAAAGCAAUGAUCAAUUCGCAAUCUUACGAUCAAUCGAUGUAAAAAAACUUCACGCAAAGCAAUAUCUCAGUAUCACUGAUCAAGUCCAAAAUUUUCUACGCUUGCAAAACCUCAGUGUCAAUUCUAAUAAUAAUUUUCCCGUUCACAAUAACCACGCAUAUUAUGGUUCCAUCUUUUGAAAAGCUGCCGAACUUUUUUUACAUCCAUAUAGUCGAAAAUGAAAAGAAAAAUCAUUAAAAUUAAUAAUUCGAAAAAUCGAGAGACAAUAAUCACUAACCAAACUGUUUUCUUUUUUCUUUCUUGUUAACCCUGGUUGCCCAUGGCCUGUAGGCUUGCGGAGUGCUAACAAUGGAAAAUCCACACUCGUCCCGUGCUAACACCUGGAUUUAUGGACACACGCAGAGCAUCCGCCGCGCGUUCGAUCGCGACCACUUCUCACUCUCUCACUUUUUCUCUCUCUUAUUAUUAUUAUUAUUGUUGUUGUUGUCAGAGAAAAAAAAUAAUGAAAUCGUGCGCAGAUUAUGAUGCGCGCACAUCUCGACGUGUAUACAAGGGACAGUCUCGCCGACUGCGUUCUCACCACCUUCACUUUCUUUCUUUUUUUUAAACUCCUAACGUACCUUUUUCCUUUGAAGCUGGUAAGAAUACGAGAUUUUUUAGAUUUUUUACGGGCUCAUGAUUGUAUCAUGGAUGUUUUAUUUGUGAGCUGUAGAAUUUUUGAAAUCAUGUUUUUUUAAUUUUUUUAAUAGACUGAAUAGAUUUUUUUAUAGAAUCUGUCGCAACUGGUAACUCGUUUAUUUUUGCCAGCUUUUUUUCGUACCAGUCUUCCACUCGAUAAAUACGAUCAUCGCUGCUUGUAAUGAAAGCGUCAUUCUUACGAAGAACCGAUUCUCAUUACACCCAGACAUGAUACGUCGACCGAAAAUCCCAUCCUUGAAAUCCUACAAUGGCAUUGUAUAAGGUGCACAAUAUCAAUUAGCAUUGAAAUAUCGGCUGAAAAAAAACGGAAAUUUGGACAUGAAGGCCGGCGAGAAGGUUCGCUAGAAGAGCGAAAAAUAACUCAAGAGGAGGAAUCUCAGUGUACUUAUCUCAAGAAGCGAGCGAUGCGAAAAAAAUUUUAAGAGAGAGAGAGAAAAAACGACGACAUAGAGAAGUCUCAUCGAUAAUAAUCAUUAAUAUUUAGCUUCUAUAUACCCCGAGGAGGACUUCGUCGAGCGAGAAGAUUGCUCUCCUGCCUCUCGAGAGAUCUUCGCGCGAUAUUUUUGUAAAAAAAAUAUAUAUUAUUAAUAUACGCAGAAUCAUUGUAAGCAAUCAAUUUUCAAUAGCCUUAAGUCGAGAGACGAGCAAGACGCGAGGAUAUAUUAUAACGUAGCUUAAAGAGGUCGUAAAUCUAUUAUAUAUUGUUAUGUACGAACAACUUUUCACCGAGUGUGAGGAAAAAUCAAGCAGAGAGUUUAUAUACAGAAAUAUAUAUGUAUAGUUAUAUAUUUGAAACGUUAUAGCCGAUGAAACCGCUCUAAGAGAUUGUUCGAUUUACUUAAAGACAUAGCGAGAGAGAUGUAGAGGAAGAAAAUGAAAGAAAAUUCGGAGUAAAAACAGGCGAUCUAGAAGUAGUCCGCGUCGUCAACGAUGCGCGAUCACACGCACACAUUAUUAUUAUUAUUAUUAUUAUGUAUUUCUUUUGUUAUUUAACUUUCAGGCCUGCCAUACGAUAUAAUUGUAAGGACAAACGUAGCUAUUUUAUGUUGAAAAACACUUUACACGGAUAUAUAAAUGUUAGUUGCUCCCGAGCGUCGACGACUGUCCCGAAGAGAAAGGAUUUAUCAUAUAUACUAUACUACAUUAUUAUUACUAUUAUACGAUUAUUAUUAUAUCAUUGAUGUCGUGUGUAAGAUUUAUUUUAUCACGAGUAGCUCGUUAGAUCUUAAAUCAUAAGCUAUUGCUAUUGUGCAGAAAUUCGUAGGUUUCUUUUUCAUUUUGCUGUUCAGCCAGGAGAUUAUUUUUUCUUUUAAACCAAGUUUUUUUUUUGUUUUAUGGGAGUAGAGUUUGCUAAAAUAUAUUAAACUUUUGACUUUUAAUGUUUGUAAUUAUUUUGUUAUGACUAAACAAAAUUGUUGAAAUCUCCGUUGGGUUUGUCAAAUGCACACGAAAUUAAAAUCUACGCACGAAUCAGCCUUUGUACAUAAUAUUUACCGAGAGUGAUUUGCAAUCUACUUAAGUCCUCACAUAUUCGUCUCGGGAAUAGUCCUGACACUAAGUCCGUUUCAUUAUUUGUAUUAUUGAACAUUGUACGUUACGUUACUAAAUCAGUGGCGCGAUAUUAUUUUUUGUUUUCUCAUCUGAGUAAACUUUAAAUAUUGAGAAUUUUUUUAAAUUACAUAAUCCGUCUAUCGACUAGAGAGUAUAUAAAAUUAUAUGAAAUUUGUUAAUCUAGUACUCGAGUUUAAUUAAUUAAUUCAAAUCAUCUUAUAUUAAUUCAAAAGUUAAAACGAUCAGUUGCAAUAUUUAUCAUAAAUACUUGUUUGUAUAGUCUUCUUAUUCUCCUCUCAAAAAUUUACUCGUAUAUUUUAUAAUUUUCAUAUUUUAUCGUUAAUGUUGGCACGUGCCUCGGUUCUCGUGCAGGAUAAUGUGGCAAUAAACAAAUAUAACUCUAUUCAACCCCUUAUUAAUAAUUAUUACUUCUAUUAAUAUAGAUAUGUAUCUUAUAAAGAAGGGCAGCGAUGCAAAUCAUAAAUAAUAUUAAUUUUUUUCUAAGUUUAUCACGUGCGACGCGAAAGUAAAAGAAAAUCUCUAGAAGAUCUGAUUACGUUAUAUUUUGUAGAGUAAACAAAAAAAGUAAGAAAAUUGAUUAGCGUACUUUGUGUGUUAAUAUCGAGAGUUUAUUUAUAGUUUUUUUGCGAUUAUGAAACAUUAAAAAAAUUAUAUUUAGAUAAAAUACAUAAUUAUUGUACCCAGAAAUUGUAUGAAAGAUUAUGUAUGUAAAAUCGUGCAAACGAAUUUACAAGAAUAGACACCUUCAAUUUUUUUGAAUGGAAGCAAUAAUAAUGAAUUCGAUCGUUCUUCUCUUCCAAACUGUAGGGAAAACGAAGUUAAACCGUCGCUCUGACAAUAAAUAGAAAUAUAUAAAUUCUAUAAUUUACGAAUCAUUAUUUUGUGUCGACUUAAUUAGGAAUGUGAUGUGAUGUGCGUAACUGUAUAAUUCAUUAUUCGAACGCGGAAUCUCAUUUUCGCGGACUGUUUUUUUUUCUUUCGAAUCUUUGCGCCAGUCGACAGUUCGACACAAACACAAGUGAAUUGCGCGCGAUUUUGAAUCAUGUGCCUUACAUUAUAUAUACAUGUGUUUCGAUUCGUUUUCUUUCUUGUUGUGAUGGUUGAUUUUAUCUGAGAAAAUUUUGGAAAAAGAAAAAUACUUUAUUCGCCAAAGGGAGGAAAAAUGUCAAAGAAAAUGUAAUAGAGGAUGAAGACGAUGGUGCAAUUUUCUUUUCUGUCGUGUAAUGCAACACUUGCAAUUUUUUGUUUCCCUUUUUUUAAUUAUUAUUUUGAGAUCUGCGUAAAGUAAGAGACCGAUCUACACUAUAACGCGCAAACGUUAAAAAAGUGAGGCAUAUUUUUAUUACUUAUAUAAACUGUUAUGAUGAGCGUUAAACAGUUAUAGCAGCACUCGAAUAAAGUAAAUGUCACAAAAUA